AGCAGAGCAGAGCCGAGCCGGGCAGAGCAGAGCAGAGCAGAGCAGCGCCUGCCCGCCGUCUCCAGCCCCAGCAUGGACCUCCGCGCCCUGGCGCUGCUCGCCUUCGCCCUGGCCGUCAUCUCCCUCUCGGAGGAGAAACCCGUCAGCCUGACUUACCGAUGUCCCUGUCGAUUCUACGAGAGCAACGUGGCAAGAGCCAAUAUUAAGCACCUCAAAAUCCUCUCCACACCCAACUGCUCACUUCAGAUUGUUGCAAGGCUCAAGAGCAACAGCAAGCAAGUGUGCAUUGAUCCCAAGUUAAAGUGGAUCCAGGAAUAUCUGGAGAAAGCUUUAAACAAGAGGUUCAAGAUGUAAGAGGCAAGCAUUGUAAGCCGUCUACAGGAUUUCUUACUGUAGGACCCAGAGAGCAGAUAACCAGUAUUAGGGAAUGAAUACAUUUCACUGCUAACAUGCAGCACAAAAGCAACGCUUCACGCAUUUCCAAAGGUUUUUUUCUUGGUUAUUUUUGAUGGGGUUUUUUUGUUUGGGUUUUUUUUUUCCCUUGCACAAAUUGGCUCGCUUUCAUAGUGCUAUUUUUAUAUAGUAAGAUGUAACUAUUUGAGAAAAAUAUGAAUUUAUACAGGUUGGUUUAUUACCUAGCACUGGGGGCAGAUACCAAACUAACCCUGUUAUAUGAUAUUUUAUUUCCUUUGUUGUAUAGAGGUCCUGCUUUAUUUAACUUUCUUUUGGUUCAUGCAAGUCUCCUGGAGUUUUAAACCUAGAAGGACAUGAACUGUACAGUGCAAUGAUGUUGUGUAAGUAGAGGUGGAACUCCUUGCCUCCAGAAGUCAUAGAGGCCAAGAACAUAGGAAGGCUCAAAAGCAUCAGAGUGAUGACAAUAGACAACAUUACCCUGAGUGGCAUUUACAGAUAUUUUGGGUAAAUAUCUGGCUAUCUAUUUUGGCUAUAGGGCUAAAGCCCUUCUCUGAAGAUCAGAACCCUUGCUGACAGCUGUGAGCAGCUGGAUCAAUGCACAUCUGGUACUGCAAGGUGCUAAUACUUGGUUUGUAGUAGUUGUGUGUGAUAGGAGCCACAACACAGUUCUGAUGUUAUCUGGCAUUUCCUAUGUUCCUGUGCUUCUGAUGAUAAAUUUAGCAAAAAAAAAGGAAUGGGCUGUUAAAUCUCUGACCACACGAUCGUGUUGAGAGUUGCUGGAGGAGUCAGCUAUGCUGCCAUGCACCAGGCAUCUCCCACCCAUCCACAGGAGGUGACUUCAGCUUGCCUGCCUGGGUUUGCACUGAAGUAAGCUGAGAUUUAUUCACCCUUCACCGAGGAUGAACUGCCUGAGGGCAAUCACAUCCCUGAUUUCUCUGGAGAUACCCAGAAGAGGAUAUCUGGCCACAUCUUGGAGAAAAGUGAUGCCUGGGGCAAGAGGGGAUCUGUGCAGUUUGUGGAAGGAGAGGUGUUUUACAGGUGUGGAAAUGAAGGCCAACACUCCCAGUCCACCAGCUAUCAUGGGUUUGCUGGUGAACAGGAUAGCCUCUGGAAUUCCCUUUGCAAAGCACAGCCUGGGACAGGCACCACUCCUUGCACCGACCCCCUAAGCCAGAAGUUUCUUUCUCCUUAUUCCUUCCUGUAUACACAAUCUCUGCUACAUGGUAUGGAAAGACAUCUGCAGCACUGCAACAAUCAUGUCAUGCUGUGCACUGAGAUCUGGGGGGAAGCACAUUUUUGCAGCACAAUGCUUGUGUUUGUAUGUAUCUGUGUUUGUAUUGUGAGCAAAAAAUUGUUGUAAGAUUGUCUUUUUUAAGCUGGUUGAUUCAAAAGAAAUCUUCCCUGCAGCCUGUGUCAGGAACACUGAGAGGAGAGUUUCACACUCCUUUUUGUGGGAGGCAUCUUUAGUGCCAAAGAGGUGCUUUGGCUAUCCAGGGACUCCAUUAUUUCCAUGUGGAUUCAGGUAAAAAUCUUGUCUUUUCCUUUCUGCAAAACAGGGCUAUUGCAGAGAGGCCUUCAGCUGGGAACACCUCACCUCAUUUGCUUUAAAGCAGAAAGAAACUGCUGUGCCUAAAAUAUUUGUGUUUGUGAUUUUGACAUUCCUUUUGUUAUCGUUACCAGCCUGGUGCUUUAAGUAUAUUGUGUCUGUGUUUUGAAAGGUCUGGUACCACUGUACUUGAUGAGAUUGGAGUUUUCAUUUAAUAUUAGUAGGAUCAGAUUCUCUCCUGGAAGGGGAAAGAAAGAAAGAAAUUGUAGGAGAAAAAUGGAGUUUUUUCCAUGUAUUUGAUAUCCUAGGCUCCAUUCCCCAUCCCACACAUGCACCUGCAUUUGCCAGUGGUUUGCCAGAGGUGGACAUGUGCGUGUCCAAGCCAAGAAUGACUCAGAAAACGUCACCCAGGAAAGCGCAGCCUUCACACAUAACUUCUGUCAAAGGACAGCCUGAGGUCUGAUUGAUUCCCAUUGCAGUAAAUGGAGAAUUAAAUAAUCCUCUGUUUUUGAUUCAGCAGCAUGCCCUGCUCAUGAUGAUAGGGGCCAUGAUAGUUUUGUUUCCAGCGGAAACUUUGGCAUUCUGGUGAGAAGGUGGGCUAGGUAGAUGUGACUGCACAGCCCUGCCCGUGCUCUGCUGCAGUCCUCAUUAACAGGAGCACUGAGAUGGGCACUGCUGAAACACCCCUGCCAAGCCCAGGCACCCUGCUCUGGAUGGUACAGCCAGGUAGUGUAGUACUGCAGGAAAGGGGAGCUCCUGUCAGCCUUUUCCUCUAGGGGCUGCAGGGCUAGACUCUGCUAAAGCAAGGGCAUUUGUUCCUGGGACAAACGCAUGAGUCACAGCAGGAGGAAAAUGCACUCCAUGGAAGGCAAGGGAGCGUGUAGAGCCAGGUGUUUGUGUGGUGCUUUGGGGGCUGUCUGCCCCAGCCCACACAGAGACUGGGCCCUGACACCUCUGUGCUGCUGAUGCUUCCCUUCUCUUCACAUCUGUAUUUGAGACCACCCUGGGCACGGGGCUGCUCUCAGGGGCCAGCAGCGUGACCCUCCCUCACGUGGGUUAGGUUGAGCACAGCAUGAAUGCACAGGUGACACAGACCUGGCCAGAGACUGAAGUGAGAACUUUUAAAAGCUUUCUCUUGCUUUAGACCAAAUUCAACCUUGAGUGGGAAGCUUUGCUGUUAGCCUGGCUUUAUUUGCAUGAUGCACUGUGGAGAGCAGCCUCACUCUGUGCACCAGAGGGAUCAGUGUCUGGGCUGCCCCAGUGCACCACAAGUUUGUCCCAUUCAUGCCACGACCAGAGCAGGCUGAGAAGCAGCACUGGCAGCAUUUCACCUGGGGAGAGCACCUGGUUUUCCCUCCUGCCUUAAACUGUUGACCAAAGACAGAGUCAGGGGAAGGAAGCGUGAGGAGAUGGGAGUGAGGUAAGGACCACAUGUGAACAGGAGGGACAAGAGAUAACACUGAACCAUGCUGAAAAAGCAGCUUCCAUGAAUGUGAAAUCAUCAUGUGGGUAUUUUCAAUGUGCAGCUGUCAAAUCCCAGUUUUAAGAGUAGAUGGUAUUUAUUGCUGUGUCCAUUUUUUAUUUAUACUAGCUUUAUACUUUUGUGUAUGAAUAUCUUAUCUGAAUUCUGCCUGAGGAAGAAUGAAAUGAAGGGUGACUUUGAUGUGUUUUUGAUUAAGGUGUUUGAGCAAAGGUGACUGACUGUUUAUUUUGCAAUGAAAUUUUUUUUCAAAGUUAAAUAUACACAUUUUGUUGAAAAUGCAGUUCCUAUAGGAGUUUUUGUUCCCAGUUUCCCUUUAUUAGCCUCUAAAAGGUCCUUUUCUCUGGCAACUUGUUUUGAGUGAUGUGAUUUAUAGCAGUCAAGGUUUUUUGUGAACUUAUCACCUAAAAUUUGAUUUUUUUUCCUUAAUCAACAUCCCACCAAGAUAAUCAUUGUCUGAAAACGUGAAACUUUGGUUGCCACAGAGAAGAAAACAUGUAUCAUGAUAAAAUGGCUGCAUGAACCUCCCAUCUUUCAUUCCUUAUAACUCAGUGUUGUCAGAAUGUGGUAAAUACUGUACUUUAUAUUUUUAUUAAGUAAAAAGAAGUAUCUUCCCAAAUAAUGUGAAAAGGGUUUUGUAAUUGUGUUCCUGUAAGGCAGCUUUUAUGGAGGAGUUAUAUUAUGCUUUUGAAAUUACUCCUUUCAUAGAAAAUUUUGAAAAGAAACACUUUUAUAUUGUAAUUUCUCACAAAAAUGUGUAUGCACUUAAAAUUUUCUUAAUAAAAAUAUAUGUCUGAAUAAA